AUGUUCUCCAACGCAUCCGCAACAACUUCCGGCGCAGAGCCAAACCAAGCCCCGAGCUUCACGCACAUUCCCAAACACACCUCACCAGCUGGACCUCCAUUCCACAACCGUACUAAUAGCAACGCAUCCUCCUCUUCUUCCGAUGCCUCAACCGACGCGCCCAGUCCCGAUACCUCGAUCUACCCGGACGGUAAGAUGUCGCUGGCGGGGAUCUCGCUUCGCGCAAUGCUCCUCGGAACCAGCCUCGGGCUAUCAGCAAGCAUGGCGUUAUUCCUAAGCACCGUAUACCCAACUCCACUGUGGCGCGUGCCCUUCUUCAUCGCCUCGCUGAGCCUGUUCCACUUCCUGGAGUUCUACGUGACGGCGCAGUACAACACGCCGUAUGCGACUGUCUCCGCUUUCCUGCUAUCAUCGAACGGAUGGGCGUAUAAUGUUGCGCACGGCUCCGCCAUUGCGGAGGGCAUUGUGUCGCAUCUUUUCUGGCCCGGGCAGACUGCUGCUGGACGGAUGGUCACUGUGACGGAACCGUUUUUCGGAAGCUCGGUCUCGUUGCUGCUUAUCACAGGCUUUGUGCUUCUGUUGAUCGGACAGGUUAUUCGGACCGUCGCCAUGGCGCAGGCUGCUAGUAACUUCAAUCACCAUGUGCAGAGUCAGCAUCAGGAGGGUCACGUUUUGGUUAAUACUGGUCUUUAUCGGUAUCUCCGGCAUCCAAGCUACUUUGGAUUCUUCUGGUGGGGUCUGGGAACACAGCUGGUGCUGGGCAAUAUGGUUUGCUUCGUCGGAUAUGCCCUAGUGUUGUGGCGAUUCUUCUCGAGCCGGAUCAAGCGCGAAGAAGCUUACUUGAUCUCCUUCUUUGGCGAUGAGUAUGUUCAGUACAGAAAAGCUACCUCGGUUGGUAUCCCGGGGAUUUAG